UAAUGACUUCUCAAUAUCAAUGUCAAUCAUCAGGAAAUAAUGGAGGAGGAGGAAUAUGGCUCAUACUAGGAGUAACCACAGCAAUAGCAAUAACUUUAGUCAUAAUUUUAGUUAUAGUUACUCGUAUAAUAUGCUAUUUAUGCAGUAAACUUUUAGGAAAAUUAAUACAAUCAUUAGUAUGGUACUAAAUAAAUUGACAAAUAUUAUACUUAUGAAGCAAUUUAUCCUUUAAAGAAAAUUUACAAUAUUUGAAUUAAAAUGAUACUGUCAACUUAUAUUUGCAAUACAUGUUCUAACAUGUAUAGGCAAAAGCAUCUCUCAUUGCUAUAUAUCUGAAGACUCAGGUACUACAAAUGCUUUAAUUCAAAUUCCACAGCAUGCAUAUAAAAUGAAUGGGUCAGAAUAUGAACAGGAAUGUGUUGUGGAUAUGUAUUUUAGUGAUUUGGAAUGUUAACAGGCUUUGUUCUGUUAUUAGAACUCAUACUACUUUGUGCAGUAAGGGUCUGAUGCCAUUUCAAGUAACAUCAUGAUUGUAGAGGAUUUUGUAAAUUUAGGUAGUAAUGUGACUGAAUUUUACUGUGCUAUGUGUGAACCCUAUUUCACCUCAGCCUCUGAAUGGUUUUAUGUAUGUUGAAAUUAUUCAUGCAUUACUGUUUUUGAUUCAUACAUGUUUGUUUGGUAUAAAUAGUGACAUAUUUUUGUACAUCAAGAGAGUGAAAAACAUUCUUAAAGAGAUUGCUGGUUGGGCGAAUUGAUUACAUGAUAUCACGUCACAGUUAUGUUAGGAAUGAAUACACAAUGAAUGGGAUGGGUGGGUAUGUGACCAGGAAUCUGAUCUGUCCCUUAUGGAUAUGAAUAUACUAAGGUCAUUGUUUGUGCUAUAUACUGGAGUGAUUGUUUGUGCUGUUUUCAGUUCAAUUCAAUUGUGUGGAGUGAUGAUGGCUUCAGCUCUGUUACUAGGACUCAUACUAGUCUGUAUUGGGUUGACAAGUGGUAUUGUGACACACUUUCAAUGUACUAAUGGAAGUGUGUGUGCUAGAGAUACAGUGGAGUGUAACUGUACAACAAAUACUGGAGCAAUAGACUGGACCAUCAGUUAUAGAGUACUAGGAUCCUGCAAUCAGAGCUGGAUACCUGUCACGAAAGUAAAUUUGAAUAUAUUUCAUAAUUCUUUUAAAGAAUAUGGAUACAACUUCACUUAUAAUGAGUCUGAUAAUAGCUCAAGGCUCACUUUUCAUUUGAAUGCAUCUGAGAGCAUUAAUGUUGUGUGCAAAAAUGGAAAUGUAAAUGACAAUAGAACUACAAAUAUCACAGAUUCAGGUUAUAAUGCAAAAGCUCCAACAAACUUAACAACAACCUUCAAUGCAAGUGGAGUUACUUUAGAAUGGGAGGACACUGAGAAUAACUGUACUUCUACUGAGUAUAAUGUGACCAUUUAUGAUAGUACAUCAACCGGUGUAUUGACCUAUUAUAUUAACAAGACAGCCUUACUUAUAAACUCAAAUGAACUAAACACAACAGAAACCUAUGCAUACACUGUUAGAGGGUGGAAUGGACAGCAAAGUAACAUCAGUGAACCAUUCACACUUGCUCCUAUUGAAGUGAUGAGUAUUGAAAUAAAUAACAAAUCUACUUGUGAGAAUAAUAGUUGCUGUGUUGAUAUUACACUGAAUAUAAUACUGGCAAAACCAGAUCAUACAGGGUUAAAGCAUCCAAGUCUACAGCACUAUAGCAUAUGUAUAUCUGCAUACAACUCCAGUGCUAAAUCAUAUAAUAUAACUAAUUAUAAUAAAUUAGAAUGGAAUGGAUCAUUAAAAUACGAUGAGACCUAUCUUUUUAUAAUUACACCAAUGAAUAAUUUCAGCACAGGAAAGCAAAAUAAUUAUACAAUGACUACUGAAUAUCAAUGUCAACCACCAAGAAAUAAUGGAAAUGGUGGCUUAAGCCAAGGAGAAAUUGCAGCAAUUGUCAUUGCAGUUAUCAUAUUUACAGCUGUAUUAAUUAUAAUAUUAGUAGCAAUUUGCUGUAAAAGAUAUCAAAGACAGAUAUAGCUAAAUCUAUAUAAAUUAUUUUAUUUUAUUAAUUUUAGCUAUUCUUAUUAAACUAAUAAAUGCUACAUGUCCUUCACUAA